GGCGUCGCAUACAGCUCGCCAGGAACGCCAUUAAGCUCUACAGCGCUCCCGGGUACAUGGUCCCAUACGGCUCGGCAGCGCGGCUCUGCCUAGGACCGGUCCCUGGGGCUGUCCCACGACCCCGCGACUGGACUUGGCGGAUGCAGUUACACGGGCAAGAGCUAAGGGGGGUCUUCUUCACCGAGUUCUACGCGGACGUGGAGCCGCCGGACGACGGCGCCACCAUGGCCCGGCAGGCCAUCGCUAGUAAGACCACGGGCGCCCUAGGCACAGACCGGAGCUGCCCUGCUGGAAUCGCGCUAGUCCACUACGACGCCAAGAGAAACGGUCCCUUCCACGACGCCGACGACACAGUUACAAGGCCAUACCCAGGCCAGGCAUACUACAGGGUCGAUCGCACCACGAGGAAGACCCAAUUUAACAAGGUCAACGCGGCGAUACGGGAGUUCUUUUCAAUCGGAUGCGACAAGGCGGCUCUGUGGGUCACCGCCCUCCCACCCAUCGUAUGGGCGCUUGUCUUCCGACACGAGGACUACGACAACGAGGCUAGAGCUCUGGCCGUGCCAGCCCAGGGAGAAGCGGCAGAUCUUCUGCUGGCGCAGGCCUCGGUGACCCUGGGGCGCACUAUCGGCGACCCCGACCAACCCCGUGCCAAGCCGCGUACCGGCGCGCCUGCGCUGACGCCGCAACUGGCGGAGGAGUCCCCAGGCAGCGUUUUCCAGCGAUUAUUGCUGGCCCCUAAGGAGGAACAACUUACGCGCAUCUGUAACCUGCACCGCGCCAACGACGCAGAGCGACGCUGCGUGCUGGCGACGCAGAACGCCCUGAUCCCCACCCUCUGCCACGGACCUCCCGGGACUGGGAAGACCAAAGUCACAGCAUGCGUAGCGGGCGCCUACAUGUCCUGUCUCCCCCCAGGGUGGGGGGUAGACUUCUUUGGCGGCACCGGCGGUUCCAUGGGCAACCUGGCAGAACAAAUCGGAAAUAACCUGCAUCCAGACGACAAGGACCUGUUCCCGCGCAUGGCAGUCCGCCUCGCGCACGAGGACAAGGUGAAGGGCAACGUGGCCAAAACGAUCACCCCCGCGGCCAAGUGCGCCAAGAUGUACAACGUAUCAGGGGACGACGUCACCGCGGGGCGUGCGAGCUUGUUCCGCAAGUUUCGUUCGGAAGUCGCUACCGAG